AUGGCCAAAGAGACGAUGGUCACAUAUCCACCUCACCCAAGGGUGAGGGAGAUGACCGAGAUUCUAGAGAGAAGUCGUUGGCAGAUCCUAACACCAAGAAUGGAAUCCGACACAAAUUCUACUUCGCACGUAGAUAAUCAAUCAUACUCCGAUGACGUUGUUGAGAAUACAGAUUUAAAUACACCAGAAUGCCCUAUAGAGCUUAAACCUUUUGUUGGCCGUAGCUUCCCCACAUUGGACAACGCCAUUGAGUUCUAUGAGAACUAUGGGCGUCGUGUCGGCUUUGACACAAGGAAGAACGGUUCAAAGAAGGUUGAUAAUCUCACCAUAUGGUUUUACAUGGUGUGUAACAGAGAAGAUUGUGCUGGUGCUAAUAUUGGUCCUUCACUCACUUUCAAGCUGUUGACUGAAUUGAUGGGCGGAUAUGAUUCCGUUGGGUGUACAGUGUUGGACAUCCGUAACUACACACGGGAUAUCAGAAGAUACGCUGAAGGAUAUGACGCCCAAAUGAUAAUAGACGAGAUGAAGAAGAAGAAGGAAAGUUGUGACGCCUUCACGUACGAGUAUGAGGUUGAUUCUCGUAGUCGACUGACGCAUUUAUUCUGGUGCGAUCCUAUUGCUAAGAAGAAUUUCAUGCAAUUUGGUGACAUUGUCUCGUUUGACACUACCUACUCAACGAAUAGGUACUCUAUGAUAUUUGCUCCGUUCACUGGGAAGGACAACCAUGGGCGUGCGGUGUCCUUUGGAGCUGGUUUGCUUUGUAGUGAGAGUGCAGACUCUUUUUCAUGGCUUUUCAAACAGUUUAUCAAGUGCAUGGGACUAGCUCCUAAGUUGAUAAUUACUGAUCAAGACUUGGGAAUGAAAGUAGCUGUUGAAAAUGUUCUUGUGAAUACACGUCAUAGAUGGUGCAUGUGGUACAUCAUGGCUAAAGUCGCUGAAAAGGUACCUAAAUCACUUCUUGGUAAUUCUGAUUUUAAAAAGGAUUUGAAUUCAUGUGUUUGGUCGGAGUUGAUUGAACCCACCGAGUUUGAAGACAAGUGGAAGACUGUGAUGGAGACAUAUGAACUUGAAGACGCUGAAUGGUUUGUUUCUAUGUUCGAAUCUAGAGAGUUCUGGGUUCCGGCAUACUUUAGGGACUUCCCUAACAGUUCUCUGAUAAAGACGACAUCUGUUUCUGAAUCUCAGAACAGUUUUUUUAAGAGGUAUACUCAGUGUAGGGCUAACCUUGUUAUGUUUUUAAUGAACUUCAACAAUGCUGUUGAUGCCCAACGCAACCAGUCCGCAAAGUUGGAUUAUAUGGACGUGAAUACUACCGCAAAGAUAAAAACAGAGUGGUCUGUUGAGAAGCAUGCAUCAACAAUAUUCACAGACUAUGCAUUCAAGGAAAUUCAGGAACAGAUUCUGGAGGCGUAUAACCACUGCAGCCUUAUAUCUAUAUCAAAUGAAUCAAGUCCUGAGCUUUACAAGGUAUUAGAUCAUUAUUCAAACACAUGGGAUGUAACAUUAUCCGUGGAGGAUUCUUUGUUCCAAUGUGGAUGUAAGAUGUUUUCUAGGAUCGGUCUUGUAUGCUGCCACAUCUUUCAUGUGUUGAAGAACAAAAAGAUGCGCUUGAUUCCGGAGAAUCUGAUUGGAGGUCGGUGGUUGAAAUCACCUCUAGUUAAGGCUGUGCAUGCUGUCCGAUUUGAAGAUGUAGCAACGCAUGUUUUUGUUGAUGAGAAGAAAAAUGCGCAAGCAAUUUUAUUGGGAGAGAUAUUGGGUUUGUACCAGGCUGUAUCUUUCAAUAUUGAUCAAAUUCAUGAGCUGACAUCUAUAGUUCGUGAAGCAAGACAACAGAUUUUCGCCGGCGGAGUAGUAACAUCUACAUCACAGAAGAAGAAGCUAAUUGAAGAAUUUUAUGGGGCAGAGGCACCCCAGGAAGUAGAUGUUCAACCACCUGAUGUCGUCAGCACGAAGGGAUCUGGUAGUAGACUCCCGUCAAGAGUGGAGAAGGCUUUGAAGAUUAAGAGCAAGCCUUUGCGUCAAUGCAAGAAAUGUCAGGAGUGGGGUCACCACGAUUCAAGGAAUUGCGUCAAAUUCAAAGAGAAAGAAAAACGGCGUUCAAGAAGAAAUUCUGAAGUUUGA